ACCGAACACAAUGAAAAGCGUCGCUUGAAACUUAUUGAAGGGCAGUCAAGUGUUGUGUUAACUCUUAAAUAAAAAGAGAGCUGCGGUUUGAUCUCACUUUUAUUUAAAUCCUCCUCCAGUACUAGUUUGUUGUAUUACGACUAAUACCAUCGUGUAUAAUCCGAGUGAAAGUGGGCGAAGUUGCGGAGAAAGUGAUUUUUCUGUAUUUCUGAUUGAUUAAUAUGGAUGUGACGGAAUUUAGGGAGUUCGGAAAAGCUGCGGUGGAUUAUAUUGCAGAUUACAUUGAGACCAUUCGUGAGAGACCCGUAUUACCAUCAGUACAACCUGGCUAUUUAGGAGAACUAUUACCUAAAGAAGCUCCACAAACUGGAGAAUCAUGGCAAGAUGUCCUGCAGGAUGUAGACAGAAUCAUUAUGCCAGGCCUCACCCACUGGCACUCUCCAAGAUUUCACGCUUUCUACCCAACUGCAAAUUCAUUUCCAGCUGUUGUUGGGGAAAUGUUAAGUGCAGGAUUCGGAUGCGUUGGAUUAAGCUGGAUUGCAAGUCCAGCAUACACGGAAUUGGAAGUUGUAAUGAUGAACUGGCUAGGAAAAUUAAUAGAUCUUCCAGAAGAAUUUCUUAAUUGUUCCGAAGGACCUGGAGGAGGAAUUAUUCAGGGAUCAGCCAGUGAAGUCACCUUUAUUGGACUUCUAGCGGCCAAAGAGAAAAAAGUUAAAGAUUUAAUGGAACAGAAUCCCCACCUAAAAGAAGCCGAUAUUAAAGGAAAACUGAUAGCGUACACCUCAGAUCAAUCUAAUUCUUCUGUCGAAAAAUCAGGAUUAUUGGGAUCAAUGCCAAUGCGGCUUAUACCUGCAAAUGAAAAAGGUCAACUAACAGGAAGUGCUCUUCUCGAAGCGAUCCAAAAAGAUAAAGAACAAGGACUUAUUCCUUGUUAUGUUGUAGCUUGCCUUGGAACAACGCCGACGUGUGCCUUUGAUGACCUAACAGAACUAGGACCCAUUUGUAACAAGGAAAAUAUAUGGCUUCACGUAGAUGCAGCGUAUGCUGGGACAGCUUUUGCCUGCCCGGAAUAUCGGUACUUAAUGAAAGGUGUUCAAUUUGCAGAUUCCUUUAACUUCAAUGCUCAUAAAUGGAUGUUGGUUAAUUUUGAUUGUUCGGCAAUGUGGGUUAAAAAUGCUAAAUACUUGGUUGAAGCUUUUAAUGUCCAAAGAAUUUAUCUCAAAGAUAAUCACAAAGGCCUCGCCCCGGAGUAUCGACAUUGGCAAAUAUCUCUCGGAAGAAGAUUUAGAGCUCUGAAGUUGUGGUUCGUUCUAAAGAUUUAUGGCAUUGAAGGCAUUCAAAAGCACGUUCGAGGUCAAAUAGCGCUAGCCAAACAUUUCGAAGAUCUAGUUAAUACGGACUCAAGAUUUGAGGUUUGUACUUCUAGCAUGGGGCUAGUAACUUUUAGAAUUAAAGGACCUAACUCUCUUUCUGAACAACUUUUAGAAAAGCUUGACCAAAGAAAAAAUAUAUUUGUUAUUGCUGGACACUUUCAAGAAAAGUUCGUUAUUAGAUUCGCCAUUUGCAGCCGAUUAACUAAUGCCAUUGACGUCGAAUUUUCUUGGGAAGAGAUUAAAUCACAAGCUGACGAAAUUUUACCCAGUGACAAAACUCGUAUAGCAAUGGAGAUGAGUGAUAAACGAAGUAUUUCUUCCAUCGAAUUUUCCGAUACGGCUAUUGAGAAUAGUAGAAUGGAGAGAUCUAAAUAAUUUUGUAUGUAACGUUAUAGUAAUAUUGUAAAUAAAUUUAUUUAUUUUAAGAACAUUUAGAUUCGUCAAUAAAUGUGAUAA